AUGAUUAGAAGAUGCCUAUAUGUGGGACAAUUGUCGCAGCAUGUAUUCUCCACUCGUACCUUUACCUCGACCAUCGCACAAUGGAAGGACAGCAGAGACUCGGGGAGCCAGCAAAAGCUGCUUGAUUCCCUGAGCAGGCUGUCGUCCUUGCUCUCAUCUCCAGCGCAUGAUACCAAUGAAGUCCAGGGUUUUGUACGGAAAAAGCUCAACCAUCGUGACGCAUAUACCUCGUCUCGGGAUAUCGUUUUCCAGAGGAUCCUGACGCUGCUCGUUCAGCAUCGGUCUUGGGACGUUGGGGUACCUGUGUACGAACGGAUGGAGGCAGAAGGACUGCGGGUACCGGAAAAUUUGAAGGCGUGUUUCAAGGUGGCAAAGUGGCUGAGGUCGACGUCGCCAGCACAGAAGAGGCGGCUGAGGGCUGCUCUGCGUCGGAUGUUUGCCAAGCCUUCUUUCCAGGAGAUGCAGCUGUCAAAUCUCAUAGAUUCGUUUGACUGGUCGUCGUGUGCUGCCCAGGGGACGGAGCUCGCUAGGAUGUUUAUCAAGGGAAAGGGAAAGGAUUAUGUCCCGUCCAUUGUGGUCGUCAACAAGCUCGUCAACCUGCAGAUACGGGCAGGUGACCUGGUCGGGGCAUUCGAAUCGUUGCGGGAGCUUAGGCUCGACAAUGCAGAGGGGACUCUUCUUCGGCCCUUCGUGUCCGUCAUCACGCGCAUGUCCGACACCGGCAUAAGUGACAAGACCUCUCUCGAGGGGGUUAUGAAUCUCAUGCAAGAGCGUAACAUCGGUGCCGAUACUUCUGUCUUCAACGUCCUCAUCUCCCGCGAAAUUAAGCUCGGCACGUUCUGGAUCUACCCACGCGUUCUAUCAUACUACGAGGUCCUUCGAAACCUGCAUGCCGCCACGGGUAUCGGACCCGACGCGUACACUUUCCAACAUCUCUGCACCACUAUGGGACGUUUCUUCCAGCCUAGACGUAAAGGCUGGGUACCGGGAAAGGACCUGUUUACCCCCCGUCAUCUCUUUCGCGACAUGGUCGCCAUUCAUUUCAAUACCGAAGAGUCCAAAACCUCAUCUAUCGAUAUGAUUGAGCUCUACAAGGACCAAAAGCUUCUCAACUCGAUGCUGCUCAUGUUUCUCACUCUCGGAGACUACGUCGGCGCUCUUCUCUCUCUUCGCGGGUUCACAAAGUUCGGGAUUCCCGUAGAUGCCAAGACAUUCAAGCACGUUGUUGAGCAUCUCGCUCGGAAGAUCUAUCACGGUAAACAAUAUUGGAUGCCGGCGUUUCUGGGGGAAUUGGAUGUGGAUAUGUCCUUGAUGGAUCCUCGAAUGUUAACUCUCAUUCUUACUUCGAUGAAGAGGGGCAGACGUGGUCUUGGACGCUAUGUCGUUCCGACGCUUGAUAUGAUCAGCGGGAAGAGAGAAGUUCCAUCGAGCGCGCGGCUUGACUUGAUUCCCCUUGAGGAGGCGUUGUUGCGGGCCGUGUACACUAAAAAGCGGAAGCUAGUCGAGGAUGCGGAUGAAGCCAUUAAGCUGCAGAUAUUGGAGGCAAAGACGCUCAUGUUCCCAAAGGUCCCUACAAAGAACUAUCAAUGUGGGCCUAGGCGCCCUCGCAGAAGUCUUUUGGUGGUAUCCGGUCUCGUUCGCUGCCCUUGGAAGGAUGUGGAUGCUGUUUUUCGGCUUGCAUUUUCCGUAGUCGGUACCUACCUGCAACGCCCUAUCUUGGCUAUAAUUGAUCUACAAGACCAAUAA